AUGUCUCAAAGCUCGGAAUCGUCUCUUCUCCGGGUAGCGGGUGCGGGUUUCCGGCUAUCCUUACUACUCAAUGCGGCCGCAUGCCAGUUGGCGCAAUCGCGGAUCGAGAUUCACAGUAUUGCCAAAGGUAUAUCUCUUUUCGCUUUGACGCUGAAGCACCAUGGGCAGCUCCUGGAAAGAUCCGACCUUGACUACACCACGGAGGCGACAGUGAAAGCGCAUGAGAUUGCCAACCAAGGACAGACGGUCUUCGUGGAGAUUGAGCACAUGUUGGACAAAUUACAAGGCACUGAUGCGCAUGAGGAGCUGAGGCAAAUUCCCGUGCAGGAGAGGCUGAAGUGGUGCUUUCGGAAACAGCAUGUGACUUACCUUCUGGCGCACUUGGAGUCUCUCAAGUUGAGCCUGAUUGUGAUGGGCCGCAUCCUACAACUAGGGGCUUUACUCCGCCCCAGAAGAGAGGAUGUCCGUUUAGCGGCUCCAGAAUUUGCAGUCGAUGACAUGAUCGCGCAAGAGAAAGCCGAGACACAAAAUAUGAUCAUCGUUCGAUAUUGGGCAUUGAAGCGUCUGGAUCGGCUAUGGGAUCUCGUGGCCCAAGAGGCGGCUGACGCCGCCAACGACCCGACAAAUCGGAAGAUCCUGGCGGCUCAUUCCUCCAGUGCGACUUCGUCAAUGGGAUCAUUAUUGUCAGCAGCUCAAGGCUCAGAUCCCACCAAGCUUGCAGUGGUGUCAUUCGGGGACAGUGAUAUUAGCUUGGCAAACCUGGAGCGAUCGCCCAAGGAUAUGGUUCAUCUCUCCGAGUCUGCAAUGAACCAGCUUUUGAUCCUAUGGGUGCCAGCUUUGAAUUCAUUUCUGAUAGGGGACGCUAGGACAACCUCCUCUAUCCGAACCAAACAUAACACACCACGCGCCCACCUCUCCUCCGAUGGCGAGGACGAGGACUCGGAUGGGUCUGAUUGGGAUGGACAUGGCUCUCAUGGCUACUACUUGGAGGGUACGACGCAUGACUGGCGCAAGCCGCAUUCACAAGAAGCUCGACAACGAGCCGCCGAGCUACGUCGGCAGUACUCUGGCUUCCAGGCGCAGGUCGAGAGCGACCCCGAGGAACACCGGUCUCGACGUGCGCGAGGUCAGCCCAAGGAUUCGCGAGUCAUCGAUUCCAGCGACGAUGAGGAGGAGCAGCCCUCUUCUGGGGUUGAAUCAUCCAAAAAGAAGGUUACCAUCCAGGAUCCCAAUAGGUCCUCGAGGUAUCCUCCGAGCCCAGUGUCGGAUCGUGGUCCACCAUCAUGGAACAGAGGCUAUCCACCGAUGCCGCCGUCUCAACCGAUACCACGCACGACGGUUCCUCCACCCAACAUGUCAGGGCCUCCCAAUCAAGCACCGCGCUAUCCGCCCCCUUCGGACUCGAACAGAACGGCACCGCGAUCGAUUCCCAAUAGCCAGUCUAAUUCCUCCGCCGGCAGUCUACGUAUUCCUUCACCAAGGGGCACCCCUCCCAGCCAGUACGAGAAUCCGUGGAGUUAUCAGCCGAAUCAUAAUCCCAACCUCCUACACCCGCGGCCUCAUCCCGCCCCUUAUUCAUCGUCCUCCCCGGAAUCCAGCGUUCGCUUCCGAUCUUCGCCGCCUCGUUCUGCGCCCCGGUCGCCGUCCCGGCCGCAUCGUAAGUCAUCCAGGGAAGAAGCACGAGAGCGACACAAAGCAAUGACCCGGAGUGCGACUCGGGGGUUGGUAGGAAUCGGAGCCAUUGCCGGGUUCAUGGAUGCUCUCGAGGCCUUUUCACUACUGUAA